AUGGACGUGCAGCGUGCGUUCGAAGAAAUUGAGAUGCCACGCCACAGUCUCCCAGUGCGGAGACACGUUUACCCCAGGGAUAAAUACGCAUUCACACCCUGCAGACAUCAAGUUGCCUUACAGAGCCCUGAUAUCAUCAGUGGUGCCUGGCAGGCAAUUCGAGAUGUGUUCCCUGAUGUUGAAGUCAAGGGAUGCGUGUUUCAUUGGUCCCAGGCCAUUUGGCGAAAGGUUCAAGACCUAGGGCUGGUUACAACAUACAAAAAGAGGCAGGCUAUGCACACCUACAUCCGACAACUGAUGGCUCUGCCUUUUUUACCAGCUGCCCAAAUCGUGGAGACUUUUGAGGAGCUGAAAGGACGGGCAAACACAGCACAACUGACAGAAUUGACAACCUACAUGGAGAGGCAGUGGGUGAGGAACUCGGUGUUUGAUGUGCCAUCCUGGUGUGUUUUCAGACACACCAUCCGGACAAACAAUGAUGUAGAAGGAUGGCACAACAGACUGAACAAAAAAGCUGUUCAUGCUGGCCUAGGCUUGUAUCAACUGGUGAUGUUGCUCGUAAAGGAGGCAAGAGUUGUGGAACUGAACGUGAGUGCAGAAGACCUGGAGAGAGACAGAAGUAGCCGAUUUUCCCGCGUUGAACUGGGACUACAGAAGGCCUGGGAGAAAUAUAUGAAUAAAGAAAUGUCGACGUCCACAUUCCUGAAGAAGUGUGCCGGUCUUUACGGACCACCAGAUAGAGAACAGAACAGAAGAGAAGACAGUGAAUAA